CCUGAGUGCCGUCUGUCCAUGGCUGACAGCGACAGUGGGUGUGUGGGGGCUGCAGGCAGCAGUUCCACUGCUCUGUCCGAGGCAGUGGGAGGCCUUGGUGCCAAACUGGCAUCCCCAGUUCCCCUGCUAAGGCAGAAGGAUGCUUCACUGCCAGAGCCUUUUCCCAGUGAUUCCCACUCUCCUUUGGCAGGAGCAAGGCCAAACCACUCUCCCCCACCUGCACCUGUACCUGUUGAGCCGCGGCCGCCCUUGCAGGCUCCAUGUGCCUGCUUGCCUGGCACCGGGGGGACUGUCCACCCUCACCAAGCUGCCAGCAGCACCGCUGCCACGCUCACUGGCCCUGGCACACUGGGCUGCUUUGUCAGCUGGGGAAGACCCUGUGAGUCAGCGCUGCCACCAUGCAGCAGCUGUGACCUGCUGCUGCACCCCUGCCCCACUGUGGUGUGAACGCUUGUGCUCACAAGCGCAGGGUGCAGGGGAGUCCCUGGGCCCUUUUCUCCCCAGGCCUUUGGCCAGAUCUACAGCAGUGGGGCUACUGGGUGUAAAUUCACCCCUAUCACCCCCUGCUGGAAAACCAGAGCUUGCCGGCAGGGACACAACCAUGAGCAUGGGAGCACCUAUAUAGGGUCAGGACCAGCUGCUAUUGUGCAAACUGGGAUGUCAGUGCUGCUGGCACUGGCCCAGCUCCAGCUCUGCCCCAUAGCCCCAGCCAUGCUACCACAUGCUCCCAGCCAGAGGGUGCCAGGGCUGAUUUGGGAAGGGAGGACACAGUGGCCAAGGUUUGCCUGUUCCCUGUCUGUCACUCCAGUGUGGGCAGGACAGGGCCUCUCCUGCCUGUGGGACGGCACUGCUGCUUCCAACCACCUGAACGGCACUGCUGGGGUGAAGCACCUUGCCACCCACGUGGUGCAGUGGGACAUGUGCUGCGGGUGCCAAGGUCUUGCCCCAUUUCAGCCAAGAUCCCAUAUUGCUUGCUGCGAGCACGGGAUCCUGGAACAGCUCUUUGGACCUGACACUGGCAGGAGGCAUUGCAAAUAGUCCCUUCUCCGCGUGCAAACACCCCUCAGGGAUGAGGAACACCGGUGAGAAGGAGCCAAGGGAACCUGAAGGCAGCCCAGCACAUUGGCGAGCCAAGGAGGGCCUGCCAUGAGCAUGUCAUGAGUGUGCCAGGUCUCACCAUGGACUCCAUGUUCUCCCUGGCCCUGAAAUGCCUUAUUAGCCUCUCCACCGUGAUCCUGCUGGGCCUCAUCAUUGCCUACCACACACGGGAGGUGCAGCUCUUUGUGAUCGACAAUGGAGCUGACGACUGGCGAAUAGCGAUGACCUAUGAGCGCAUCCUCUACAUCAGCCUUGAGAUGCUGGUUUGUGCCAUACACCCCAUCCCUGGGGAGUACAAAUUUUUCUGGACAGCCCGCCUGGCUUUCUCCUACACACCUUCUCGGGCAGAGGCGGAUGUGGACAUCAUCCUGUCCAUCCCCAUGUUCCUGCGCCUCUACCUGAUCGCUCGAGUGAUGCUGCUGCACAGCAAGCUCUUCACCGACGCAUCCUCACGCAGCAUCGGGGCCCUCAACAAGAUCAACUUCAAUACCCGCUUCGUCAUGAAGACACUCAUGACCAUAUGCCCCGGGACGGUGCUGCUGGUCUUCAGCAUUUCCCUUUGGAUCAUCGCUGCAUGGACAGUCCGUGUGUGCGAGAGGUACCAUGACCAGCAGGAUGUAACCAGCAACUUCCUGGGUGCCAUGUGGCUCAUCUCCAUCACUUUCCUCUCCAUCGGCUAUGGUGACAUGGUCCCGCACACCUACUGUGGGAAGGGAGUCUGCCUCCUCACUGGCAUCAUGGGUGCUGGCUGCACGGCACUGGUGGUGGCUGUGGUGGCCAGGAAGCUGGAGCUCACCAAAGCGGAGAAACACGUCCACAACUUCAUGAUGGACACACAGCUGACGAAGCGGAUCAAGAACGCGGCAGCCAACGUCCUGCGGGAAACGUGGCUUAUCUACAAGCAUACCAAGCUGCUGAAGAAGAUCGACCAUGCCAAAGUCAGGAAGCACCAGAGGAAGUUCCUACAAGCCAUUCACCAGUUGCGGAGUGUGAAGAUGGAGCAGAGGAAGCUGAGUGACCAAGCCAACACCCUUGUCGACCUCUCAAAGAUGCAGAACGUGAUGUAUGACCUCAUCACCGAGCUCAACGACCGCAGCGAGGACCUGGAGAAGCAGAUCAGUGGCCUGGAAUCCAAGCUGGAGCAGCUCAGUGCCAGCUUCAACUCCCUGCCACUGCUGAUGGCUGACAUGCUGCGGCAGCAGCAGCAGCGCCUGCUCACUGCCGUCCUGGAGGCGCGGGGGGUUGGAGUGCCAGUGGGCACCCCCCAAACGCCUCUCUCUGAGAGCCCCAUUGGGGUUAGCUCCACCUCCUUCCCCACCCCUUACACAAGCUCAAGCAGCUGCUAAAAUGCAGCCCCUCAGCCCCCUGUGGACAGGGGAAGCAAUUUCCAUACAGGUCACGAGGUCUCCGUGAACUUUCUUCUGGUCCUUGAACCGCUGCAGGACCCUUCAGCCGGAGCCGGUGGGACCAGCAGUGCCGAGCAAUGCUUGGAGCUUUGCCAACGCCUUGGUAUCGGGAAUCGCAUCCCUGUUCAGGUGCCUCUACACGUGGUGAAGGAAAGGGGACAGGAGGUGACGCCUCGGGCCAGCCCAUGCUGUGGCGUCUGGUGGCAGACAGAAAACCCACGCUCAAUCUCAGGUCUUCACAUUUGAAAACAAAACAAAACAUCAAGUCAGAAGCACUGAAGCAACGGAGACACCAGAGGGAGAGUUUUUCUCUGUGGGGCACUCCCCUCUCACCACCGCCAAGCCCCACCAGGCGGAUGCCAACGUAGGGAUUCCUUACACAGGCUCUGGCCGAUGCUGCCCACGCUCCAUCCCAUAUCCUUGCCAGGACCCACAAGAACCCCCCGUCACAUUGCCAGCUGGGUGACGGUUCCUGGCUGUAACCUGCCUGGGGGGUUCUCUGGAGCUCUGAGUGUUUUCUGUCCGGGGAAGAACAAGGGAGAAUUCUUUCUGGUCCUCAGUGUUUUAUCCUGUCUGGAGACGUGCCAGAGCCGGGACAGCAGUGCCUACAGCGUGCAGGGCCGCGCAGGGCUGCCCCUGGCCAACGCACCGGUGGCCAGUGAUGGGGCUGGCGGGCCAGCCCUGGCGCCAGAGAGUCUUCAGGUGCUCACAUCACCGCCUUCUGGGAGUCCCCCAACACUUUGAGAAGGCAGUGGGUUCUUUGAGGCAGCCUCAGAAGUACUGGAUGGAACACUCCAUCAGCUCCAACCAUCUCCACUUGUACCAGGAACAUCCACACUCGAGCCCAGCUGGCAGUGUCAAAUCCACUGGGGUCAAGCGGGACCUCACUGGCAAGUGAUGUGGUAGCCAGGGUGGGUGCUUCAUCUGUUUAAAACAAAGCCCAUCGCCUUCAUGCCACUUCUGCUGGGUUUGGUGGGGAGCAGCAGCACCCUCUGGAACCAUCUUGGCAAUGGCACUGCCACCCAUGCUUGACAAAGUGCAGCCCCUCAGGCUCCAUUUUACUUUUUUGCUGGUGUUCAGCUUCCUGAGGUACCCUGGGCAUCAUUUGGCUGCUUCUGGAACCAGCUACUUUCAGUUCUUCUUUCACCUUUUCUCCCUUUUUCCUCCUCAGUUCUGCUUUCCUGAGUCCAUGCAUGGAGCCGUGCAGGGCUCUGACUCUGGGGCUGGUGUUUGCUGCUUUCCAUGAAAACUCAGCAGAGAAUAUUUAUAUAUUUUUAAACAGAUGAAGGAACCGCGUAAUUACUCUGUGCUAUUAAUUACACCUCACCCAGCAGUGUCAGUAAUUGUAAUCAAAGUCACUGUGUUACUCCAGGUAUACUCAGCCUGUAAUGUUAUUCUUUGUAACUUUUUCCCUUCCAUAAAUAACGCUGGAUUUUGUGCACAUGCAGGGGCAGAGGCACACCACCCUCUCACACCACCACCUCCGCACAGCCAAUGCCGAGGAAUUUCUUUGCUGCCGGUGGUGUGAGGUGGUUAUACUCCUUGUGCCCUGCAAUUAGAGUUGCAUAGAAAACAAGCAGUAGUUAGUGAGGAGGGCUGCCAGCCCACUGGCCCCAGGAGGAGGAGGACGAGGAGGAGGAGGAAGGCUCCAAGGCAACAGCAGGAGUUCUGUGACAUUAGCUCCCAGUGCUGCAGAGGUGUUGGUAGCAGGGGAGCAAGUAUGGUCAUCCCCAUCCUUCAUGUGGCCAUUGCUCCUGCUCCUUGGCCAGCAGGAGAUACUCGGCUUCUGAGAACUAGUUGCUCUUUCAAGCUCUUGUAAUUAGUGUAAUUGAUCUCCUAGGAUGGCUGGGAGUGCCUUGGCAGCCCCCCAACGUCUAUUUUUAGCCCAGCUGCUGCUCCCUGUGUGCCUACGGGUGCCCCCCAGUCCACCUUGUCCAGCGGAAGCUCCUGCCCAUCUCUGUUGGGAGGUUUCCAGAGUAACAAUGGAGAAAAGGUUACAAAUUCUGCGAAAGAGCCUGAAAUGCAGCAUUUUCCCUGGCCUGCAGGCAGCCAGUGGAGAAAAAUGCUUCCUGGGCCUCAGAUAGAAGCAAACUGCCCAUGGAAUGUAGCUGUGCAUGGGGUGAGGUGCAGAAACGUGUCCUGGAGUGUCAGAGAGCCAGAGGAAGUAUAGAUACUCAAAGAUUGAUGUUGCCAGCAGGAAUCCAGGAACCUCCCUACAGGCUCAUGAUCAAGUCUGGGAAAUCCAACCAAGUGAGACAAGAGGCCUGCUGUCAGCUCGCAGGCCUUGAGGUGCUAGAGGGGGGAAGGACCAUGGCGAGAGGGUUGGGAUCACAACCGGAGCAAGAGACCCUUGUCCUGGAGCAGAGCUGCUGCUGUCGCAGGAUUUUGACAGAGCUGGGGAGGUGGAUCCCUGCACACCCCACACCCUGCAUCCCCUGGCCUCAUGUCAGCACAACCUGCACCCCAGUGACCCUUCUGCCUGGGGCCUGGCAGCCCUGGGUCUGCACCCUAUGCCCUGCAUCUUGCAUCCUACCCACCCCUGCACCCCCAUCCCACACUCACACACCCCCACCCCCCCCCUGCAUCCUGCACACACCUGUAUCCCCAUCCCACCAACCCCUGCAUUCCCCAUCCCACACCCCUGAACUCCCAUCCCAACCCCCAGAGACCCCAUCCCACCCCUUGCAGCCCAUGCACUCUGCAGCCCCCACCCUGCACCCCUGUAUUUCACCCACACCCAUGCCAGUGCCUCAACACUGGUGCCAGUAGCCCCGACCCAUUGCUGUUGGCACUGGAUUCCACCAAGGCCAACACUGAGACUAACCGCCAUCCAGCCCUGCUGCCGGGACUGCAGGCCACGGGGAGGGCAGGCACAGAGGAAGCCAUCAGUGCAAUCCAGCCCAGGGUGCCCACCCAGAGCCACCCUGCUCCCUGCCAGCAGCCCUCGGUCACCAGCAGCCUCAGCUGGCAGGGCUCCAGUGCCUGGCUCCAGUAAGUGCUCCCCAGCUGGUGCUGUCUGCACACCUGAGAUCAUCCCUUUGGAUGCCCCAAAUGGCAUCGGGACAAACAGAGAGAAGAGCUGGGAUCAGUGACUAAGGUGGAGGAAAAGCACAAGAGCAAAGCUGCAAGUUCUAAUCACAAAGAGAUGCCGACCUCCUGCAGAUGGGAAGCAUCCGACCCCAUGCUCCAAAAGGGGCCAGUCCCUGACGCCCCUCCAGGACCCACCUAACCCAGCCAGUCCCAUUUUUGGCACAGCCUUGGGGUUUUUUUUAGCUCCACGACUCUCCUUCCUGCGCCGCCUGCAAGGAAACAUCCUAGAAAUACCAGAAAAAUUCCACGUCCCCUCUGCAAACUCAUGGACGGUUCUGUCCAGACUUAAGGAGCUUUGACCUGGGUUUGCAACUUGCCUCUGUACUGCUCGCUUCUUUUUUAAUGAUAGGGGAAAGCAUAAUAGUUUAUUUUAACUAUGAAAUAUAUUGCUAUAUUAUAAUGGU